AUGUGCAUGCCGUACCGGCACCACAGCCGGAUCGGUCUUACAACGCACCGGCAUCACGCCGUGCUGGUACCGCAGCUGGAGCAGUGUCACACCGUGCCGGUACCGCAGCUGGGAGGCUGUCGCACAGUACCGGUAUCACACAGUACCGGUGUCACGCUGUGCCGGGGAAUGACGUUCUCCAGCGUGGACCAGCUAGGAAUGAGUGACAUGGUUCCCCUGCAAACCACGCCGCCCUCCGAGCAGAAGCGCAAGCGAGUUCUCAGGCGCCCGCCCAUCCUGGAGGACUACAUCAACGUGACGUCCACCGAGGGCACCAGGGUCUUCCUGGUCCAGAGGGAGGAUUGCUCCAGGACAGGGGUGGAGCUGCCCAGCUCCCUGGGCUGGAACGCGCAGCGGCCGCUCUACCUGCUGGGGGUGCCUUUCUCCUACCUGAAGGAACAAGUGUACGAAGAGCAUCGACGGCAGGUCCUGGAGGCCUCGCAGCAGCUGACGGAGAUCAUUAACAGCUGCCUCGAGAGCCAGGCCGGCGAUGAGACCCCAAAGCCUCGCGAGGAUGUGCAGGUGGCGGACGAUGAGGAGGAGUCUGCUUCGCACUGCCUCUGGGUGGACAGAUUCACUCCCCGGCGCUACACCGAGCUGCUCAGUGAUGAUUACACAAACCGCUGCCUCCUAAAGUGGCUCAAGCUCUGGGACACGGUGGUAUUUGGCAAGGAGAAACCUGUGAAGAAAGCGAAACCCGUUGCUGAGGCUCAUCCUCCACUCAAACAGCCCAAGGAGCAGCAGAAUAAGUGGAAAAGUAAGGUCCAGCUCACAGAGGAGAUUCUGGAGGCUGAGCUGGACCAGUACAAGAGACCCAAGUACAAGGCAGCGCUGCUCUGCGGCCCCCCUGGUCUGGGGAAGACUACGCUGGCCCACGUCAUCGCCAAGCACGCGGGCUACAACGUGGUCGAGAUGAACGCCAGCGAUGAUCGCAGCCCGGACGCUUUCAAGACCCACAUUGAAGCUGCCACGCAGAUGAAGUCUGUGCUGGGCGCUGACGAGAAGCCCAACUGCCUGAUUAUUGAUGAGAUCGAUGGUGCACCCACUGCGUCUAUCAACGUGCUGCUAAAUAUCAUCAACCGUAAGGAGGCUGAGGCUGAGGCAGCGCCUGGCGUGGGCCGGAGGAGGAGGAGGGAAGGUGGCCUGCUGCUGAGACCCAUCAUCUGCAUCUGCAACGACCAGUACGUGCCAUCGCUGCGGCCGCUGCGGCAGCAAUCCUUCCUGCUGAGCUUCCCACAGACGCUGCCGUCCCGGCUGGCGCAGCGGCUCGCCGAGAUCGCCCUCAAGCAGGGCAUGCGGGCGGACAUGGGAGCGCUCCUGGCCCUGUGCGAGAAGACGGAGAACGACAUCCGCUCGUGCAUCAACACCCUGCAGUUCCUGCAUGGCCGGGGCCAGAAGGAGCUAAGCAUGCAGAUGGUGCAGACGAUGAAGAUAGGCUUGAAGGACCAAAACAAGGGGCUCUUCUCCAUUUGGCAAGAGAUUUUCCAACUCCCGAGGGUUCAAAGGCACAGGAUAGGAAUGGACCCUGCUUUGCCCAUUGAGCAGCUUGGGGGCGACGAGGGCCUGCUGCCCGUCGGGGCCAAGCCCGGCUUCAACGCGCCCUCGCACCGGUUCCAGCGCAUCCUUCACCUCGCCACGGCCGCGGGGGAGCACGAGAAGCUUGCCCAGGGCCUCUACGACAACUUCCUCAACAUGAAGAUGCGGGACUCGUGUUUCGGCUCCGUGUGCCUGGCGCUCGAGUGGCUGGAAUUCUCCGACGUGCUGGGCAGCGCUGUGCUGCACGGGCAGAGCUUCCAGCUCCUGAGGUACCUGCCCUUCCUGCCCGUGGCUUUCCACCUCCUCUUCGCCGCCUCCAGCAUCCCCCGGCUGGCCUAUCCCAAGAGCCAGCACGAGGCGCUGGCCAAGCUGAACCACACGCAGAACCUCGUCACGGCCCUGGUGUCCGGGAUCGCCCCCGCUGCCCGCAGCCGGGCCGGGCUGCAAGUGCUCGUCUUGGAGGUGCUCUGUCUGCUCCUGGACAUCAUCGCCCCGAAGCUCCGACCGGUGAACACGCAGCUCUACAGCCUCAAGGAGAAGCAGCAGCUCGCUGCCCUCAUCAGCACCAUGCUGGCCUACAACCUCACCUACCACCAGGAGCGCACGCCCGAGGGCCAGUACGUCUACAAGCUCGACCCGAACGUGGAGGACGUGUGCAGGUUCCCUGACCUCCCGGCUCGGCGGCAGCUCACCUACCAGGCCAAGCAGCUCAUAGCCAGGGAAAUCGAGCUGGAGAAGAUGAGGAGGAUGGAGGCCUUGCUCCAGGAGCGAAAGGGCGGCGAGGUGGGGACGGCAGGACCCUGUGGCUGUGGGUGCCAGGGGCUUUGGAGGCCUUGGGAAGGUGCAGGGCAUCCGGGGCUGGAGGCGCCGCUGGGUGCCCCGCGUGCCCACGAGCAGCGGCUGGAGGGCGUCGCGCGCAGAGCCCGCGGCGGCGACAAGCCCGAGACCGACUUCUUCGGGCGACCGCUUGUCAAGAAGGCAGCAGCUCCGGCCCCAGCUUCCCAGCCUGACGAGCAGGACGCCAUGGAGCAGCAGCUGGGGACGGCCGUGGGGAGGAGCGACGUCUGGUUCCGCUUUAAUGAAGGUGUUUCCAACGCCGUCAGGAGGAACAUCUACAUUAGAGACUUGCUCUAGCGCGGGAGCAGGGCAAGCAAGACAGGGCAGAGACGCUGCCAACUUUUAGCUUUCUUCAAGAGAUGGGGUGGGUGAGGAUGGUCCUUUCUUUUAUAGUCAGUA